AGAAAUCGAAACACAGAAAACGUACAUCACACACACACACACACACACACACACAUAUACGUGCGCGGGAGAAUGAAAAUAAAACAAAUUUGUAUAUAUUUACGCACGUACGCUCGGCGGCGGCCGCUUCGAUGUUUGUGUAUUUGUUGUUGUACCGCGGCACGACCGGCCGGCGGUGGGGAGAGCGGCGGCGGCGCGUCGUAGGCGUACACCAAUAAUAAUCGCGCGCGUAUAGAGAGAUAUACGUGUACCGGCCGCGGACAACGCGUGUGCAGCGCUGUCGUUUUGUAUUCAUUCGCGACCGUACCGCCGUCAUGUGCAGCAGGGCCGCCAUGAUCACCGCCGCGGACGAUCAGCUGCAGCAGGGCUCGGAAUCCGGCGUCGCCGCCGCCGCUGCCGCUGCCGCAGCCGCCGACUCGUCGCAGCAGGCCAACCUCAACCGGUACCGGUUACAUCUGUACAAUUACGCGCUGCAGGCCGAACGGUUGCGGUUGUCCGGUGGAUGGGGCGCCGUGUGCCCGGUCUAUCCGGCAGCGGCCGCGGCCAUCUACCAGCCGCGGUUUCCGGUCGCGCUGUUCCAUCCCAACAGCGGCAGCGUGGGCGGCGGACUGCAGGCGGCCGACGAGCCGAAGCCGCAGCACAGCUACAUCGGACUGAUCGCCAUGGCCAUACUCGGAUCGACCGACGGCAAGCUCGUGCUGUCCGACAUCUACCAGUACAAUAUUGGACAACUACCGUACUUCCGGACCCGGGGCCCGGGAUGGCGCAACUCGAUCCGGCACAACCUGUCGCUCAACGACUGUUUCGUCAAGGCCGGCCGGUCGGCCAACGGCAAGGGCCACUAUUGGGCCAUACACCCGGCCAACGUGGACGACUUCAAGAAGGGCGACUUCAGGCGCCGGAAGGCGCAGCGCAAGGUCCGCCGGCACAUGGGCCUGGCCGUGGACGACGACGGCAACGAUUCGCCCAGUCCGCCUCCCCCGCCGCCGCCACCGCCGCCGUCGAUGCAGCAGCAGCACCACCACAUGCACCAUCACGUGCAACACCACCACCAGCAGUCGCAACAUUUGCACCACCAGCACCAGCAGCAGAGGUCACCGCCGGCGUUGUGGCAGUCCGCGGCCGGUCACCCGCAUCACCCGUUCUACUUCCAACCCGUCGUCCCGCAACGGCCCACGACCGUCUUGCAGCAACAACAGCAACAGUUGCAGCAACAGUCCGCGGCACUCUUGGUGCCGGCCAGGGCGCAGAAACGGCAGUUCGACGUCGCGUCCCUGCUGGCGCCGGAUCCGCCGAAACGCAUGUUGCAACAGUUGCACCGGGACGAUCCGAUGGCCGCGUUGACCGCUACCGCGGGUAACAACAAUGCGGCCACCGCGAGUAGCGACGACGACGACGAGACGAUGACAUGCGGCGGCCGGAACGGCGGUGGCGGCGGCGGUAGUGGCGUCUGGGAACCGGCGGGCUUGUUGCAGCGGUACUACGAGCAGCAGCUGCAGGCCGCGCACCGGUUGCACGCGUGCCAGUCGUUGGGCCUGCAGAGGAUGAUCGGAGGCGGCCCGUGGCCCGCCGUCAUCGUGCAAGACCGCAACCAGACGCCCACGCCGCCCUCGCUGCAGCCGUACACCGAGGCCACUACCCCGACGCCCGACGACACCGUCUGCAAAACCGAACUAGUCGACUGAGGUAAACGCGACCGUUUUCCGUUUUUUUAUUAUAUAACAUAAAUGAUAUCGUAUUUUAAUGUAUACAACUACCUUCGUUUCGUUGUGGACUCACCCGCGUCAACGUUGUCGAGUGCGAUACGACGAUAUAUCAACAAAAAAAAAGAAAAUCAUAUUACAGACUUAUAGUGUAUACCUGUAUCCGGCUAUAUAUAUAUAUAUAUACCUUAUAUAAUAUAUAUAUAGUCGUGAGCAACAGUAUUUUUUUGUUUAGGUCCUCGCGAAAUCUCGUUUUUGGUUAGUCGUCUUUGAAAAUGUAUAAUAUAUAUAAUAUAAAAGAUUACCGUAAUCAUUUCCUAUUUCCCGUCAAAUGUAGAUGAUUCGAAAUUUCUUUCGAUGUUUGACUGCCGUGCACGACAAUUUAUACAUAUAUAGUAUAAGUACCUACUUAUGUAUAUGAAAAGUAUAGGCCCGUUACGCUUAACAUUUUUCCCAUGAGUCAUUAUCGUUCACCCCGUAAAAUGUUUACUAAAUUAUAUAAUUUGUUCACAGUGUUCGUUCUACUCGAUCGUUUUUCUCCCAGUUUAAUAUAUAAUAAGUAUAUUAUGUAUAUUUAUAUAGAUAGCGUAUAUAUAGAUACGACAAAAUAUAAUUUAAUAUUGUUAUUUUUCGCCGAGGUUUAUUGUAUGUAUAGUAGUCCGUUUGGGUAAGUAAGAUCAUUAUUACCUGCAAUACAUGUGAUUUAAUUUUAUUAUUUUUUGACAUUACUAAAUUACAAUAUUACUAUAGGAACAUAUAUAUUUUAAAGUUAUGGAGUCUUUUAUUAUAAUUAUGCACAUUGUACUUGUGUGAUUUUAUUUUAUUAUUCAAUUGAAACCGUAGAUUACUCUUUACAGAAUAAUACAUUUAUUUACUUAUUCAUACUUAUUUGCUUAAUUAGUAUUUUUUUUUUUAAUGGAACAAGCACUCACCCAAACGGUCUACACAAAUAAUCUCGGUGUGCAAAACUAUAAAAUUGCCCGACAUUAUUAUAUGACUAUUAAUAUGUUUAACCCUUUUGGGAAAAGUUAUUAUUUAUAUUGUGUUAAACGAUUUUUAGAUUAUCGAUAAUAUAGAGAAAUGUUUUUGAAUUGCAAUUAUGUUACACAUAUAGUACUCGUAUAAAUGUUUUUUCUCGUUCUUGUAAAUCAUGUAUAAAGUUAUAAUAUAAUAUAUUGUGAAAAAACGAAUAAAUCAUCGACUUUAAAAUUGAUCGAUGUAUACGUAUAUAUAUUAUUGUGUACCAAUAUUUCUAACGUUUAAACUUGAUUAUUAUUAAUAAAAUUAUUAUUAUUAUUUUUAAUAAAACAACAUGAAAUAAAUUA